ACAAGCAGUCUCCAGCCUUCACGCAGUGAUUGUUGGAAUAAAGUAGCAGAGAAGUCCGCACAUGCCUCCGCAUCAAGCCUCGGUCCGCGCCCGAAUCAGCUAGCUCCGAACCUUACACAGCAACUGCGUGUCAGCAUCCUCGUCAACCCACAGAACCCCAUCUUCGCCAGGAUCUUGCAUUGUGAGACAGCGUUCCUGGACAGGGAUUGAGGCUGGUAGGUUUGUUUCUCGCAGCAUUUCUCGCAGCGACUGCCGCAUUUGACGCUCCGCCACUUCGUCGGACGUCUUGGGAGCCCGAGUCGGCUGGUUCGAUCUGCGUCUGACAUGCCCGAUUCUCUUAUGUUCGGCUGCCUAGAGGCCCUCUUGAGCUCUCAUGUAGACUUGUAAAGGCAGCUCGCCCCGCGCUGGCAUCUUCACCAUCACAAUGGAGGUCACGCCCGCGAAUGUGGCUCUUGCAGCUGUGCCGGAGUCGAUACUCGCUUUCUACCUUCUCCCAAGCCUCGCCGCAGGAACCACGCUGAUCUCUGUCUUCUUCGCGUCUCUGCUCCUCAAUUUUGCUCUCUAUGGCGCGUACAAGCUCGUCGUCUACCCGUUCUUCUUGAGUCCGCUCCGACACCUGCCGACAGCGAGGGGCUUCAGGCCGCUCGUCGGACACGGGCUCGCCUUGUUUGCAAGGCCGCCCGGCCAGCCUCAUCUCGACAUCAUCAACGCAACGCCCAACGACGGCGUCAUCCGGACCUACGGCUUCUUCCAUACCGACAGGCUCAUCGUCACCAGCCCCGCGGCCAUCGCGGACGUUCUUGUCCACAAGUCGUACGACUUCGAAAAGCCGGCGUGGAUCAGCGACUUCCUGCGGAGGUUUCUGGGCAACGGGCUGGUCAUGCUCGAGGGCGAUGUGCAUCGACACCACCGCAAGCAGAUUAUGCCUGCGUUUUCGUUCCGCCAGAUCAAGGAGCUGUAUCCGGUGUUCUGGUCGAAAGCGAUCGAGUUCUGCGACACAGUCGAGGCCGCGUUGACACACGAAGCGUCCAAAGUCCUCGAAAUAGGCCACUACUCGACGCAGGUCACACUCGAUAUCAUCGGGCUGGCGGGACUUGGCCGCGACAUUGCAUCACUCCGUAGCGGGGAAGACGAGCUCGCCAAGACCUUCGAAGAGGUCCUGGAGCCCACGUCGGAGAAGGCUAUCUACUUCCUAUGCCACUUGCUCUUCCCGCCGCGGCUGAUCGCGAUGCUGCCAUGGAAGCUCAACGAGCGCGUCAAGAUCAUGACCGGGAACCUCAAGCGAAUCUGCACCAACUUCGUCAUCGACCAGAAAGCCAAAACAAAGCUUAACAGUGACGAAAAAAGCCGAGACAUCCUCUCCUUCAUGAUCCGCAGCAACAACUUCUCCGACCAAAGCCUCGUCGACCACCUCCUCACCUUCAUCGCCGCGGGCCACGAAACCACCUCCUCGGCGUUGACAUGGGCGUCGUACCUGCUCUCGACGCACCCGGCGGUGCAAACCCGCCUGCGCGCCGAAAUCCACGCCCACAUCCCCUCGCCCACCGCCCUCUCCUCCCCCACCGCCGACAUCGCCGCCCUGCUGGAAUCUAUGCCCUACCUCAACGCCGUCUGCAACGAGACCCUGCGCCUCUACCCCACCAUCCCCGUCUCCUCGCGCUGCGCCACGCGGCCCACCACCAUAGCCGGCGUGUGCGUGCCCAAAGGCACCCUCGUGUUCCUCGUGCCCUGGGCGAUAAACCGGAGUCCGGCGCUGUGGGGCACGGAUGCAGAGGUGUUCGAGCCCGGGCGCUGGAUCGACGGGGGGCGGGCGACGCUGGGCGGCGGCGCGGAGAGCAACUACGCGUUCCUGACGUUUUUGCACGGGCCGCGGAGUUGCAUUGGCGAGCGGUUUGCAAGGGCCGAGUUGAGGGCGCUGGUCGCGGCGUUUGUGGGCAGGUUUGAGAUGCAGAUGGCGGUGCCGGGGGAGCAGGUGGUGGUCGGCGGGACGAUUACGAGUAAGCCGGUGAAUGGAAUGCGGUUGCGGCUGGAGCGUGUGGAAUGGGGGGAGUGAGUGGGGGGUAGUGGGUGUGUCGACGGUGGUUGCAAAUGAUACUCUGGUUGCGAUUUCAUGUUGCAGAUAGGUAUCUCUGACCGAGACUCAUGGCACGGCAUCUCUCGGUCACCUUGGCAGAGCCGCCAUCCAGACUCCCGAGAAGCUGUGGACAGAAGCGCACUACAGUCUACCUCGGCAGCUGCCAACCGUAUCCCUCAUCUCAUUGUUCCAAUGGCAGGAUAGGUGCAUGGUUGCAGCGCUGACUCGAACACGUUCACAUGUGGUGGGGCUUCCCCGCACUAGAACGGAGC